AUGAGCAGCGAAGAAGAGAAGACGGUGUGUGUGACAGGAGCUUCAGGUUACAUUGCUUCAUGGAUCGUCAAGCUUCUUCUUCUCCGUGGCUACACCGUUAAAGCCUCUGUUCGUGAUCCAAAUGAUCCGAGGAAAACAGAGCAUUUGCUUGCAUUGGAAGGAGCAGAGGAAAGGCUUAAACUGUUCAAAGCAAACUUGUUAGAAGAAGGCUCUUUCGAUUCAGCAAUCGAUGGCUGCGAAGGAGUUUUCCACACCGCAUCUCCAUUCUAUCACGACGUCAAGGACCCUCAAGCUGAGUUACUAGAUCCAGCGGUGAAAGGAACAAUCAAUGUUCUAAGCUCUUGCUUGAAGACUUCCUCUGUUAAGAGAGUUGUCUUAACCUCAUCUAUAGCAGCUGUUGCUUUCAAUGGAGUGCCUCGAACACCCGAAACCAUAGUUGAUGAAUCUUGGUUCGCCGAUCCUGAAUAUUGCAGAGCUUCCAAGCUAUGGUAUGUACUCUCAAAGACAUUAGCUGAAAACGCAGCGUGGAAGUUUGCGAAAGAGAACGAUUUACAGUUGGUUUCGAUAAAUCCAGCAAUGGUGAUUGGUCCUCUCUUGCAGCCAACGCUUAACACUAGUGCUGCUGCAGUACUAAGCUUGAUCAAAGGAGCACAGACGUUUCCGAAUGCGACAUUCGGGUGGGUUAAUGUGAAAGAUGUAGCAAACGCUCACAUUCAAGCGUUUGAGAAUCCAGAUGCUAAUGGAAGAUACUGUUUAGUGGAGAGAGUUGCUCAUUACUCUGAGGUUGUUAACAUUUUGAAUGAGCUUUACCCUGAUUUUCAACUCCCUGAGAAGUGUGCAGAUGAGAAGAUAUAUAUUCCGACGUAUAAAGUGUCCAAAGAGAAAGCAGAGUCUCUUGGGGUUGAGUUUGUGCCAUUGGAGGUUAGCAUUAAAGAGACUGUAGAGAGUUUGAGAGACAAAGGGUUCAUCAGAUUCUGA